AUAUUCUGGAAUUAAAAAUGGAUAGUGUAAAGAAAGAACAUUCAUACACAUAUUGGGUUAAAAAUGAUCCAAAUCAUCCUAAAAUAGAUUGUUAGCCAAAGAAAGUUGAAGACCCAACAUAAGUGUAAUAAGUGCAAACUGUAGGAUCUUAAUGGAAUGUAUCAGGAACAUGGGAGGAAAAAAAAGUAGCAAUGAGUGAAAUUAAGAAAUCACUUGAAAAUAUUAUAGGAGUAAGAAUUAUAAAUAAUAACUAUUUUUAGAUGAAGAUUGGUUAAACUAAAAUAUCAGCUGUAGAAUCUGUUGAUGGAGAAGCUCAUCUUUAUUUAAGUAGAGGUAAAAUAAGAAUGGGUUAUCAUUUAAAAAUCACCUAUGCACUUGAAGAUGAUGGAUAAAUUAAAUACACAGACUUCACUGAUGAUGGGGAUAGAGAUGUAAAGAUUAAAAAUAUAUUAUAAUAAGUAUAUACUUGAAGAUGUCAAUGAUGAAACAGUCAAACAUUAAAUAGAGGAUUUACAUUUGAAAACAAAAGAGUUUGUAGAAGUAUUUAAGAAUUGAUUGUAUUAUAUUGUGUAUUUAUAAUUAUUAAUGUUCC